AUGGACCAAGAUGAAGAAAUGGAUGAAUUCAAUGAUAAUGAGGAAGGACCUGUCGUCUUUCCAUCAACAGGAGUUGGUAGUGUAUCCAAUGAUGGAGCAAGUGGAGAUGAGGAUAAUGAAGAAGAUGAAGACGGUGGACAUGAUAAAAAAAGAAUCGAUAAUGGUUUAGGAAAAUUGUUCGAAAUACCUGAAUUUACUAGAAAAGAUAAGACUUUGGAGGAGAUAUUAGAAUUAAUGGAUGAUAAUGCUCCUAUUAUUCCAGAUGCGGUCACUGAAUACUACCUAAGAAAAAAUGGUUUCGAUUGUACAGAUCUUAGAGUGAAAAGAUUGUUGGCUCUUGCCACACAAAAAUUUAUAAGUGACAUUGCGAAUGAUGCAUAUGAAUAUUCCAGAAUUAGAUCAAGUGUUGCAGUAAGUAAUGCGAAUAAUGCACAAGCCAGAGCUCGACAGCUAAUGCAAGGCCAACAACAGCCAGGUCAACAGCAAAUAACGCAACAGCAGCAACAACAAAAUGAAAAGACAACUGCAAGUAAAGUAGUACUGACGGUAGAUGAUCUAAGUAGUGCUGUACAAGAAUAUGGUUUGAAUAUAGGGCGUCCAGAUUUCUAUCAUUAA